CACCUGUCAAUCUGCCAAGCGUUUGAUUGAUCAGAUCAAAAUAUCAAUAAUUGGAAGAAAAAUGACUUCUGUGUUGUGCUCGAGGGUUGUCCUUCGAAAUCGACAUUGCCUGAGAUGUCUGUAUUCCACGGACCCACAAGAUACAAUCAGUCCACCAACAAAGGCAUGGCGAUAUAUCAUCAACAGAUUUACCAAUUUUGUAGACAAAUACGAGAACAGACUAGAGAAGAAAUCACCCAAGGCUUUCAAUGUUUACAAAACUAUAAAAAGUGUGAGAUAUAUUGCUGCUGAUACAAAAGACUAUCUGUAUAUUACAAAAGACAUGUGGAGCGGAAGAGAACUUCACACAUUUUCUCGUAGAGAACUGGAGAUUUAUCAGGAGAUGCCUAAGGACAUGCUGAAAAUUGUAUCUUUGUUACUGCUGGCCAGUAUACCAUUUGUAGGCAACGCUUUCAUAGUUAUAGGGUAUAUGUAUCCUCGUAGAUUGUUUACACAUCAUCUGUGGAAUGAGGAACAAAAGAUUGAGUUCGGACAGUAUUUUCAUACACGCAAAUUGUCACAUUAUCAUAAUGUUCUGGAACACAUGGACAAGCAGGUGAAGAGACAUACAUAUGGACAAACACAAGAUCAGUUGUUAUCUAUUUUAGAUAAGCUAGCACACACUAGUCAUCCUACAGUAGAGGAACUUCUUCAUGUGAAAAGACAGUUUGAAUCAUUCCCGUUUAGUGUUGAAGUUCUACCUACAGUAUAUUUUAGGCAUCUAGCAACAGUCUGUGAUUUUACAAAGAGACGAUUGCAACUGAAACAAGACGGGUUGAUUAUGUUACACAUAGAUCGCGCAAUGGUCAGAGAGGGAAUAGAAAAUAUGACAGAGCAAGAAAUUUGUAAGUCCUGUUUAAAACGAGGCCUUAAUCCAUACGGUAUAGAGAGGGAAGAAAGGAUACAAUUUCUACAGAUAUGGUCCGAAUUGUCACAACAGUUAGAUGAAACAAGUGUUUCAUUAUUACUACAUUGUCCGGUCCUUCUAACCUAUAACAGACAGACAAACAUACAGCUAAUGAAAGGCAAGAAAUAUAAGUGGCAUCGGAAGAAGUCCUCCCGCAAGAAAGACAAACUGUAAUUAACACUUGAAACCUGUUGAUAUGUAAAUGUCAAAGUACAGUAAUGACAGAAAAUGUCAGAGGACAAUAAAUGUGACAUUGACAGAAUGGUGUGUGUGAUAAGUGAUAUGUAUAACAUAACACUCUAAAAAGUGAUAUUAAAGGCGUAAGCUAGAGUCUGUGUACAAGAUGGACGAAAUUUUUCCCAAUAAUAGAAUUUCUUCAAACUUUGGAUAUUGAAGGACAGUCAUCUAAGAAACAAAGAUGAGCAAUAAAAGUCACCAGUAUUGAAAAAGAGUUAUCUGCCCAUCUAAAUGGCAUUUCAAUAUAGUUUGAAGAAAUUCUAUUAUUGGGAAAAAUUUCACCCAUCUCGUAUCCAGAGACCCUACCGUACGUCUUUAAACCAGUCUUCUUGGACACAAGAUGUAGUAAAAAUUCUACAUAUAUGUGAUAUCUCUGAUGAUAAAUAGAAUGAAAAUUAAUUGGAGAGAAAUAGUCUUCCAUCAUAAGGAAAGUAAAAUUGAAAUAUAGCAAACUUGUAUAUAUAACAAAAACUCGGUUAUAAGGAAUAGUUUUUCUAUUUGCUGAUCUUUUGGCAGCAUUUCAUAUAAAGCUGAACUCGACUGGAAAGUUAACAGUAGACAUUCCGAAAUGACAUUAUUUUUUAAUCCAAAUAAUUAUAUAGAAAGCUUAGUUUAAUCAAUCAUGUUCAUGAUUUAGGCUUUACAUUAUUGUACAAAAUAACUUUGUACUUUUAUGUAAUAUUUUCUAGUCUAUGGUAACCGCUUCUUGAAAUCAAUAUAAACAACAGUUGAAGCAUGGAUCGGUGAGACCACUGCUCAUAAUCAUGUCAAAAAUUAUGUGAGAGUGCCAUAUGACAUCCAGUUCAUUAGAUGUUUUUAUCAUAAUAUUUCAGUGAGCAUGUUAGAAUGAAAUUAAACAAGGCCUUCAUGUGUUUUAUUGUCUGAUUUAUCAUGGAUCAUCAUUCAGAUGCUUUGAUGCUUUACCACUAGGUUUAAUGCUCUUUCUUGCACAUAUGAACUCUAAACCAUGGUAAAUUAGACCAGAAAGCACAGAAAGGUCUCCACAAUACUAACAAGUAAUAAGGACAUGUUAACAAUAAUUUUGUUGUCUACCUCUUAUGAUAAGUCUACAUAUCCAUCUUAAAUAUGUCUCCCACCGCACAGUGGUGUGGGAGACAUAUUGAUUUACUCCUGUCUGUGUAUCACAAAUCUUGUCCACAUUCCAAGUUGAAUAUUUCACAUCCGGUCUUCUCCAAACUUGAACAAGAUGUGUUUGCCAGUAAGUCCUCGCCCAAGUUCGAUACCUAGCCAAAUCGGCCUAGGCACUUUGGAAUUAUGGCUCAUGAAACUUGUUUUUGAUAAUCAAAGCACUGAAAGUCUGAUAAGGCAGUUGAGGCGUUGGUGCAUGGUUGACUCGUAUACUACUAUUCAGAUGAUUAGGCAGUUGUGAGAGACAUGUGCUUUUCUCAAAAGCAACUCUAGUUUCAGAAGAAACACACUUUCUUAUUGCUCUCAGUAUUAUAUUGUGUCAUGUAUGAUUUGUUUAAGACUGAUGUAAGAUAUUUAUACGAGUUAGACUUGUGACUCGGUGUUUUCAUUGUAAUAAAAAUCAUGGUUUGUAAUCUAUGAAUACAUCAUAUACAACUUGAUAAAUUUUAUGCAAUAAAGACGUUUUUUUAUGAUAAUUUUUAUCCAGAAUUACAGCUGUUAAUAGACAGUCUACAGAUUGAUUUUUUUCCAACCACCGAUGACGCACUAUGGAUAGAAUACAUUUUAUUUUGUUAAAUCUGCUUUAAUUCCUUCUGGUAUUUUUACUAUGAUUACAUUUACAACUGUUUUUCACGAAUCUAUUAAAGGUAAAAGGUUGUCACUGACUUUCUGGAAACUUGAAUGUUACACUGUUUAGAGUACAUAUGGCUGUUUUAAAUCAGUGAAACCAGGCUUUUGAGAGGUGAUAUUUUUGGUACAUUUUGUAAUACAAUGGCUGUUUGAUGGAUAUGCUGGUCAGAAAUUUUCAGCAUACAGUAUUGCUUUUAGUUGAGAAGUACAAAUCAAAAAGCAACUUUUAAGUAUAUAGCAAUGACUCAAAUUAAAAAAAUCAGUUAAGAUAAUAAGUUACAUUUUGUAGUACAAUAUAUAGAUAUGUAUAUAAAUGUAUUCUUUAUGCAUCUGUACUUGUUUCUUCUCUGCACAGUAAUAAAACUGUUCAAGAUUUUCUUUUUUUACAUUUAUGAUUAUCUUAAUUUAGAGUGGGUUUUUUUUUCUUCAGAAUUUUGAUGUUUUGUUUGUCAUUGUAUUACUGUUUUUUAAGAAUGUAAUUCAUAUUUUAUAUUCUGUUUGUUUUUAUGUUAUGGUGUUGUGAUUUUCACCUUAGAGGAAUUCCAUAUUCAUUUGUUUGAUGUUGCUCACAAAGUUAGAACAACAGUAUUUUCACAGACCUGUGAAGAAUGGGCCUCAAUGGUUGAUUGGUGGAGAUUGCUGAUUUUGAAUCACUUGUUCCUCACCACUGUACGUUCAAAAUUUCACUUUGGGUGUAGAAUUCUUUCAUGUAAGAGAGCCAUCCAGCUAGCUUACAGAGGUCAGUGGUUCUAUCUAGGUGCCCCUCAGUGCCUGAAAUACGCAAAAAGGAACCUCUAGGGACUUCCUUUUACCAUCAAAGCUGGAAAAUAGCCAUAUAUGACCUAAUACCGAAUCAGAUUGACAUAAAACCUAGAUUGUAGACAAAGCAGCAUGUAAACUCAAUAAAAAGACAGAUAUUGGUGGAAAUAUAUAAACAGAAGAUUUUGCUGUUUAAUAAAUAAUGAUUACAUUGUAUCUAUUUAAAUCUUAAUUAAUAAAUUAUGAAAUACCUGGAAA